GCGGAUGAUUACACUGAAGCGAGUAAAGCCUCGAUAUUAUCGACACAAAUUACCUCUAUAUUUCCCCCAAAAUUAAUUUCUUCCAUUUCACACACACACAAACACACACUUGAGCUCGUAAUCUCCGUUUUCAUCUCCUCGAAAUCAACAAAUCACCAUGAGUCUCCUCUCCAAUUCGCUGAUUCUCCCCGCCGUCAAAAUCUCCUCAGGCUCGCAUCCGAAGUCUGUUGACCAAUUUGCUGGAAAUGGAGGUCUUGCCAAAUUGACAUUCCAGACUACUCGACAAACCAGAAGAAGGUCACUUGCGGUUCAAGCAAGCUACAGUGAUGGCGGAAGGCCAAGCAGCGGGAGCAUCUUUAUCGGUGGAUUUGUUUUGGGAGGAAUCCUUGUUGGUACUCUUGGAGCUGUAUAUGCACCUCAGAUAAGCAAGGCACUAGCAGGAGCUGACAAAAAGGAUCUUAUGAGAAAGCUUCCUAAAUUCAUAUAUGAUGAAGAGAAAGCUCUGGAGAGAACUCGCAAGAUAUUGUCUGAGAAGAUUGAACAACUUAACUCUGCAAUAGAUGAUGUAUCUGCUCAGUUGCGAACAGAAGAUUCUCCAAAUGGCGUGGCUGUGGAUACUGAUGAGAUAGAGGCUGCUAUGUAAUGUCGCCAGUGGGGUUGUCAUUGGCUUCAUCACAAUUAAAAUAUUGUAUUAGCUGAAUUUCUUUAAAUGUUAAACGUUUUACCCUUACCGUUGAAAACUUUUCUUUUGCUACAUAUGGUGCUUGAGAUGGAUGUUUCAUGUAGUCUACUACUUGUUGGGAGUUCUUCUAAGAUGCCAUUUGGGCAAGUUGUUUCAGAA